CCCCUCGGAGCUGAUUCCCGGGACUAAGUUGUGGGAGAAAAGCUCCGUCCGCGGGAGGUACCGCGAGGCGGGAAGUGAAAAUUCAGGGUCUAAGCUGACUCCUUGCUCCUGCUGGCUGGAACAUGGGAGAUUUGCAGGAAGAUGUCAAAUUUAUAGUGGAUGAGACCUUGGACUUUGGAGGGCUGUCACCAUCCGACAGUCGUGAGGAGGAAGACACUGCAGUGUUGGCGACUCCAGAGAAACCCCUCCGACGAGGCCUGUCCCACCGAGGUGACCUAAAUGCUGUAGCCCCCACGCCCCAGAGUGUGAGGUUCAGCUUAGGGCGCCUCAGCCCAGAGAAGCUGGAGGAGAUCCUCGAUGAGGCCAACAGGCUGGCAACGCAACUGGAACAGUGUGCCCUGCAGGAGCGGGAGAAGACAGGCGAGGGCCUGGGGCCUCGCAGGGUAAAGCCCAGUCCUCGGCGGGAGACCUUUGUGCUGAAGGACAGUCCUGUCCGAGACCUGUUACCCACUGUGAGCCCUUUGGCUAGGAGCACCCCCUCUUCAGGAAGCCUGACACCCCGACUCCGGAGCAGUGAUAGGAAGGGGUCAGUCAGGGCUCUUCGGGCAACAUCUGGAAAGAGGACCCCCAUCGUGAAGAGGGAUUCGCCCACUUGCAAUCUGUUCCCCACAUCUAAAAGCACAGCAUCUUCUCCCCUUGCCCGAUCAACUCCUCCAACCCGAUCAACUCCUCCAAUCCGGUCAACUCCUCCAACCCGAUCAACUCCUCCAACCCGGUCAACUCCUCCAAUCCGGUCAACUCCUCCAACCCGAUCCACUCCUCCAACCCGGUCCACUCCUCCAAUCCGGUCAACUCCUCCAACCCGAUCAACUCCUCCAACCCGGGGGAAAGCUGGGCCCAGUGGGAGAGCAACAGCAAGCCCACCUGUCCCCGUAAGACCAGUCUUGGCCCCACAGCCUUCUACCAGCAACCCUCAACGCCUGUCUCGGCCACAAGGAACAGCUGUUAAAUCUUCCAGUCGACUACCUGUUCCCUCAGCCAUCCCCAAGCCUAUCAGCCGAGUGCCACUCACCAGCCGGAGUAUACCACCCAGCAAAGGUGGUGUACUAGCUUCAGAUUCAACGUCAACUCGGAAAGGACUUCCAAGACCAAGCGCUGCAGGGCACAGAGUUCCUGUUUCCCAGCGACCAAAUCUUCCUGGUACCACUCGCAGCAAUCUGCAGCCCCCCAGGAAAGUUGCAGUCCCAGGACCUACCAGAUAAAGAAAUGAAGACAGCAAGCAAGAAUUCAGUAGCAAACCACUACAGUCACUGCCUGGACUCACCUCUCUGGCCUCCCAAGCCCUCUCAUUGGAGGCAGUUCCUGACUACUGCGGAGGGCAAAAGGAAGAGAUGAUGCCACCGGGGCUGGUGCCCCAGGGAGAUGGGGUGGAUUAGGGUUAAGCUGGAGGGGAUUCAUACUCUCUGGAUUGAAAGAUUAGGGAAAAGAGGUCACCUCCCAGCAGUGAAAUUAACACAGAUGAGAAACGCAGGAGAGUGUGUUGUCCUUACCCACCCCAGCUCCUGUGUUCAUCUCUACAGCGUUUGAUCUUCCCAGGCAGUGGUUCACUGGGCAUUUACAUGUGAAUGAAUGGCCUCCGUAACUGACCUUCCUGUUCUCCCAGGAGCAGUCCUCCUGAAUCACAUCCUCUCCUGGACUGUGGCCUGUUUGGAGAAGCAGAGGCAGGCACCUGGCCUCCUAUGAAUUCUGUGAACCUUAACAGGCCAGUUUACGAUAAGCUUAUUCAUUUGGCCCAUGUUUUUCUAAAAUAAAAUGAAUGUAUUUUUAUA